AUGGCCCCGGUGACACGGGGUGUCGGUGCCCCGCGGGUGCGACAGCUCCGGGGUGGGGAGUUGGACCCCGACAGCGUGGUGCUGUGCCUGCUGGCCACCGACGAGGAGGACGAAGGUGACAUCGCCCUGCAGAUCCACUUCACCCUCAUCCAGGCCUUCUGCUGCGACAACGACAUCCACAUCCUGCGCGUCUCGGGCAUGCAGCGCCUGGCCGCCAUCCUGGGCGAGCCCGAGCCGGGAGCCGAGCCCCGCGACCUCCACUGCCUCUUAGUCACGAACCCCCAACCCCCACACACGGACGCCUGGAAGAGCCAAGGGUUGGCGGAGGUGGCCAGUUACUGCGCCGAGAGCCGCGACAAGAAUCAGUGGGUGCCGUACGUCUGUCUGCAGGAGCGCUGAGCCGAUGCCCGGCUCUGUACCUAAGGAGGAGG